AAAAUAAUAAUAAAUGUGAUUCUUGUAUCUACUGUGAUUGAUAAUAUGUAUAAUAUGAAAGCCAUGAUAGACAGUAAUCUAUAUUACUAUGCAAUGAUAAAAUCUUCAGUUGUAAGAUAUUAUAAUCUUCAGUGUAUUCUCUUAUUAAAAUCUCAACUUCUCACAGAAUUUAAUGACUUAAAAGAUGUUUGUAUCUGUUACAUAGUGAAACUAAACAUAGAUGUGAGAGAACAUCAAU